CUCGGGAAAAUACGUCAUCUCUCCUCGCCUGUAUUCUCUCCCUCUUCGAACUGCACUGGCUAUUUUGCCGAAUUUUCCCUCUCUGAGCUCCGGGUGGUCGUUAAAGAGGAGCAGCAGUAUGGGUCCCGUAGAGGUAAAUUAAUCUGUUCUGUAUUAAUCUGAUCGAUUAUCUGAUUAUUGAGCAAAAAAACCAACAAAAAACACUAUCUUGUGUUUGAGUUGUGCUCUCAGUUUUAGGCUGUUUGACCCUAUGUGUCUGUGUGUGUUGGUGGAAAUGUCGCUAACAGCUUGAGCAUGGGGUACAUUUGUGUACAUUUGUGUACAUUUGUCCUAAAGUAAAACACACACAGAAGAGAGGAAAUUAUAAAGAGAACUCCGUGUUUGGGUUGAGAGUGAGAGAAAGAGUUCUCGACCAAUCCUCGUUCAUAUUUCUGUUGACUUUUUGUUAUUCACCUUAAAAGUGAAUUUCUCAUUGAACAGAACAUUUUAAACCUCUAAUUCACAUUAAAGAAAGUCUGCUUUGGGAAUCGGGUGGUGAUGGACAGACUUAAAAGGCUGCUUUUACCACGAGUCAACUAAAAUAACCUAAAGGAUUAAAUGGCAUUUGUAACUUUGAUAUUAAAUGCCCAAAUCUGUACUAUUCUUUUUAUAAAUCUUGAUUUAAACUCGGAGUGUGCUCAGAUUUUUGGCUGUUAUUAACUUUCAGGGUCUGUAUGUGAUUUCUAGGCUCACUGUGACUGUGUAUUUACCAAGCAGCACCAAAAGGUUAUUACUAGUUUGUUGCGGUUUCCGCUGUCAUUUUCCACAAUAUAUAGAUAAUAACAGGAUUCUGGACACAAAAUUAUUAAAUGUCUUUUAGAAACAGUCCUUGUUUUUGAAAGUCUACCAGUGUAUUUCUAUAAUUUAAACUAAAAUUCAAAUUAACAAGAUUUUCAGGUGAAAAUGUCUUCUUUUUUUGCUCUUUUCACAAUACAAACUGGGGGAAAAAAACAACUUAACUCCAAUUCUAUGAGUGUUUUUACAGUUUAAUUGUGUGUUUGUGUCAUUAUCCAAACAAGCACCAGAGGGAAGCAAAAUAGGAAAUUAAAGCUGUAAAACCCUUCAGUGAACAGUGAGUGGAGCAGCAUUAGUCACAGCAGCAAGUUCAGGCACCAGGCGCUCAGGUGAUCGUUCUCACAUGUGAUCCAGGUGACUGAUGUGUGUGGUCUCUGUUCUGCAGCUGCUGCACAUGUCCGUCUUCUCUCAGAGUUUCUCCCCCUGCGGUCGAUUCCUGGCAGCCGGGAACAACUACGGAGAGAUUGCCCUCUUCAGGUGAGACCGCACACAUAUGCACCUGUUUGUCUGUGUGAAGGUGUGUUAACUAUAAUAAUGUCUGUGUGAACUGUCCCAGCCUGUCUGCAGCUCUGAGUCCAGACGCCACCGCUCUAAGUCAGAAACCCGUCCUCACCUUCACAGGUGAGCAGACACACACACACACACACACACACACACACACACACACACACACACACACACACACACACACACACACACACACUGGCAAACUUUAGCGCAAUGCCCCUUUAACAAACAGAAUAAUAUAACUGCUAAUCUUUCCAUCAGCUCAUGAGGGCCCUGUGUUUUCUCUGCUCUCCACCAACUGUCACCUCCUGAGCGCUGGGAAUGGAGAGAUCAGUGCCUGGAGCUGGAACGAACUGAUCAAGAAGGUGACUGUCACUUUAAAUUGAGUUAAAAAUACAUAUUUUUUUAAAGGGCUCAGGCACAGAUGAAGACAGAGAAUAAAUGAAAAGAGAAACUGAAGUAUGUUGGUGAUCAGAGGUCAACUCAGAAGAGUUUCAUAUAAAGAGAAAUUGUAGUAUUUUAAACUUUAAGAGCAUUUUUAGUGUCUCGAUGACCUGAAGCUGACUUUUCAGAGCAGACAAAUCCGCCAGAUUUCAUGUCUGUCAUCAAACAGAUUCAUCUUGCAAAAUUUUAAGCUGUUUUAUCCAUUUCUGGUCAGAGAAUGAACGGCCAAUCAGUAUCAUUCUGGUAGAAAAAGCCAUUAAGACAUGGGGGUUCAAUAGUGUCGAGCCUACAAAUGAUGGCGGCUUUGAAGAGAUGAAGGUGGAUGCAGCUGUAGGAGAAGUUUUACAAAAAUUCUCUGUAUGAUCAGGAAAGAGUUUCUCUGCUGAGUUUGUCUGACUUUUGUCUUUUUGUCUCCUCAGAAUGUCAAACCCAUGUGGACAAAACGACCAAACUACAAGUGAGACCCUCUUUCUUGCUUUCUUUCCUUCUUCCUUCCUUCCUUCCUUCAGUUGGCUCUUAGUCUGUCUGCAGGCUGCAGCUCUGAGCCGUCUGAUGUGUUUCUGUCUUCAGAUCCAGUCUGGAGAUCCCUGAGAUCAACGCCAUGAUCAUCAACCCCAGAGUGAGUCUGAACACCCCUCAAACUGACCUUGAACCAUUUUUUUGCAUCUUCGAGAAAUCCCCAGUCUAGAUCAGUACAGUGUGCAGUUAUUUAAGUUUUAAUUUCUAAAGCUGGGAAAAACGGGCCUUACUCUGGUCUCUAACAGUCUAAUCUGAUUAGAUUUAAUCUGAUUCUGUAUUGUCAUAAUGGGAAAAAGGAACAGAGUAGUGAGCUGUCACCCAGCCAAACCGCUUCCUGUGUGAAGUGCCGUACCAAACUGAAACCAACUGCACUGAACUGUACCAACUUGUGCAGACAUCCACCAAAUUGUUAUUAAAUGUGUCAAAUUGCAUCAAACUGAACUAGACAGUCCAACUCGUUCCUUCUUCAGUCCUGGAUCCUGGUUAUUAAACUCUGUCUCAGUCUGUGGUGCAUUCAGGGUCUAGGCUGAGCUCUGUCUCUCUGUUUCAGGACAACAGUCUGGUGGUCGGGGGAGGAGACAACAACAUCCACAUCCUGGAUCUGGAACAUGGAGUCUUCAAGGUCUGUCCUGAAAAAUCCUUGAACCCCUCUCACUGGUUAGUUUAGGAGUUUGUGGUGUUGAUUAACAGACCCUCUCUCUGUGUUUUCAGGCUGUGCUGCAGGGUCACUCGGACUAUGUGCACUGUGUGAGUGUUAGAGAGAGGGAGGGGGAGAUCCUGUCCGGGGGGGAGGACGGAGCUGUGAGGAUGUGGGGUGAGAAAGGCGGACAUGUUAGUUUCGGAUGGAAACAGCAGGUUUUUUAUAUAUACAGUAUAUAUUAAUAUAUGUGUGAUGUGAUGUUUGUGUUCAGACAGCCGGACAGGUCAGAGUGUUCACUGCAUCGAGGUCUACAAGUACGAGGUGAGAAAGCUCAGAUGAUCAUCUUUAAAUGCUUUUUCUCCUUAUGUCUUAUUUUCUCGAGCACUCCUCUCCUCUCUCUUCACUAAUUUAUACAAUUUAUAAAAAAUUAUAAAAAUUCUACCAUCAAAAAGAAACCAUUAAGACUCAGUAAUGUGAAACAAUAAGCUUCAUUAAGUAAAAUCCUGAGCCUUGAGAGUGGAGUUUUGAGUUUGUAAGCGCUUUCAGAGUUUUUCAAUUUUCUUGAGUUUUCAGAUAUUUUAGAGUUAAGAGUUGUUAGUUUUUUUAAGUUGAGUAUUUAAAGCAAUUUUAGAGUUUUGUGGGGUUGUUAGAUUUUGGACUUCAUAUUUUUAGAUUUUUUUAGAGUUUUAACCUUUUUAAGAGUUCAGAGUUUUGUUUUUAGAGUUUUAAUAUAUUUUUUUAAAGGUUUUUAUUCAUGUUUAGAGUUUUUGUUCAUGUUUCAGAACUGUGCUCGGCCUCAGUAUGGGAAAUGGAUCAGCUGUGUGACCACAGACUCUGAUUGGAUGGUGAGGAAACUCUCAAAUUUUAUACUUCUUAAGUUUCUGAGGUUAUCAUGUUAAGUUUAACACGGACUGUUAAAUAGUUUCUGUCUCUUAACAUAGAUUUUCCUCAUAUUUCCUCCAGCAAACUGUAUUUAAAUAGUAAUAAAGCAGUCAGAUUUUUGUUGUAAGAGCUUAAAUUGUGUCUGUGUCUAUCCAGCUGUGUGGUGGAGGACCGCAUCUGUCCCUGUGGCAUCUCCGUUCUCUAUCUCCAACCUCCAUCUUUCCUCUAAAAGGCUGUCAAAGACAGGCUGUCUUCCACCAGGACAUGGUGAGCCCUCUCUCUUAUCCUCUGACAAGCUCCCGUAACAAGCUCUAGAAGGUCUUAAAAAGAUAAAAACUCUAACAUCAAGACAAGAAGUUUUAAUAAUUUAAACUUAUGUGAUAGUUUUUGUAUUUUCCACUUUUUCUUUUAAAUCUUGUUUUUGAGAUUUUUAGGAGAUCUUUAUCUGCAUUAGGGCCGAUCUUGUUCAGUCUCAGUGACAUUAACUCCUCCUCUGUCUCAUCCUGAAGAUCAUGUCUGUAGGUGAAGGUCCGUUCGUGUCUCACUGUCUGCUGGGCGGAGACAUCAAAGCUCAGAUUCCCUGCACACCGCAGAGCCUGAACACCCUGCAGUUCAACAGCAACAGCACUGAGCACAGGGUGAGUCAGUGAACGCACCACAGCCUCCAUCACCUGAUUGUGUGUGAAGCUCUUCUUAAACGGCACAUAAAUCUGUCUGUGUUUCAGGUCCUGACGGUGGGCGGCAGCAGCGACCACAUCGAUGUGUUCACUAACCUGUCGUACAGAGCGUUUUCUCUCAGCUUCUGAAACAGAGAGUACAACAUGCCGACAUUUUUUAUACUUCACGAACUCUGCUGAGAUUUUUUACCAUUUUCCUCAUGAUAAUAAAAUGUUUUUUCUUGUUUUGUACAAACGGGGUCACUUAUUUGUAACAAAACAUUAUGAAUCAAAAAGCAGAGACCAAUUAAGUGUCUACAGGAAAAAAACAUCUGCAUGGAGAGCAAAUGCAGGAGAACACAAUCCAUCAUAACCUGCUCCCAGGGUUGAUAAUCUAAUUUUUUUCCCCUAUUGUGGCUCCAAUCCUCAAAUAUAUGUCAGAGUGCAUGCAACUUGCUGUUAACAGUGAACAACUCGCCGAAAACAAAUUACGCCUCUGCGUUACUUACAGUUUACAGACUCAAAACUAAUGAGUUUUGAUGUAUAAAUUGGACUAAAUUAGGACUGUAAUUUACUAUAAAAAGUGAAAAUGAGACAAAAACUAGAUGAAGCCUAAUUAGUUACAAUUCACAACAAAGUUAGCCCCUUUGUAACUAACUAUUCACAGUGAAACCGAGACUAACCACCAACAGAUUACCGUAAGUUUCUGAUUGGAUUAUGAACACAUGAAAAUUUUAGUUUAUCGCUGACUGUGGUUUACACUGGAAUUACAGAAUAAUUUGUUAUCUAAUCAGUGAAUAUGAGUGCUGACGUUGGGCCUUGACUUGGAAAUUUACACUCGUGAAGUGAUAAUUAAAAUGUCAGCUACUGAAACCGGUUCAAAAGACAAAACUGAAAAGUUUAAUUGUGACAAAAAAAUACAUUUUUUUUACUUUAAAAGCAAACAAACAUUUUCAGGUUUUUUUUACAUUAGAGUCCCUCUGAGGUCCAAACUCAUCAGUCCAGCCUGUGCCUCCUUCAGGGAGCACAGUAAUGUCAGGAAAACUGAGUGCUCAGCUGUUCACAGGCUAUGUCUUAACCCUUUUUGUUUGUUGUUUCAGAAAUCAACAAUAGAUAAAUGUAAACUCCUGAAACCUGCAGCUGAGCAGUUCCUUCAGUCUGAUAUUAAAACAUUAUUUAAUUUACCCAAAAUGCAUCAGAAGUAACACCAGCCAUCAGGAUUCCAUAACAGUCUGUUCGUGGUGCGUUCAGGAAUUUAGAUGAAGGUGCGACAAAGCAGUUCCUUUUAUUGAAUGAAAGCCACCAGCAGGUGGAGCAGCUUCUUAUUUUACACGUCUAAUAAACCUGUCAGAGUCUCGCUAUAGUGUUUGGGUAAAAAAAGUGUCUGUGUCACACAGGUGAUCUCAGGAAGGUCCAUGUGGGCGGGACUUCAGGCGGCGGAUAGACAGGCCUGGCGGACGCUCUGAGCCCAGACGUUGAGCAACUCGGUUACUGAGUGUUUGUCGGGUAGCUGCAGCAGUUUGGACGUCAUGUUUUUAUGUACUGUCUGCAGGAAGUUGUUCGCACCUGAGGGAUCAGAGGGAGAGGAUCAUGUGACCAGAACAUAAUGACAUCAGUGGUUAGGACCUGUCUGUCUUUUACAACUAUUUACACUUUUCAAAACUACGACAAUAAUGUUCUGUGACACAAAGACGUAAGACAGUUCAAAAUCACAUUAUCAGAAAAAGCAAAAAAACAACAAGAGAGGCCUUUUUAAGUAAAACACUCUUUUCAGCUGCACAUCAGGGCCAGGGAAAAUGACUAACAGGACUGACUGGUGGUUUUAGUAAUAAACUAGUCGGUCAGUUACAGAAAUAUCCACAGGUAAAUAUCCCAAAACACCUCUGCUGUGGACAGAAUUAUUCUAUUGAAAAGAGUUAAAACAUUUUUAACGAUAUCUGUAGAGGCCUCAGACUAUCUGCUGAUUUCUCUCAUCUACUUCAUUCCCCAAAUCUUGCUUUAAUUACAAACUUUAUUCUUAACGAUUGAACUUAAUUCUCUGCGUUAAUGUUUUUUUUGUAAUCUACACUGAAUUUAAAUGUUCAACUGCAGUCUGACUCCUAAAAUUCACUGAAAUUUGAAGCUGUGCCCCUUAAAGUUUCUGCCUUUUUCUCAAAAUAAACCCAGUAGAUCUGCUUUUAUGACUUUGUUCUCAACAUUCAGCUCUCCUCUGUCAUCGACACGCCUUUAUUUGCUCAGAUGUGAUUGUUGGUGUUGUUCAGGGUCUGAUAGUUUCUACACUGAGUUUAUAUCUUUUCAUUAAAAGCACCAAAUUUAAAGUC